CUGUCAGUUUUGCAAAAUUCAGCAACGGCCACUGGUCAUUCCUUUUGAUAAAAUUUGUUCAGUCUCUGUUGUUUAUUUUCCCUUCCUCUCUUCAAAUUCGCAUGUAAUAAGCUUGUUUGCUGUUCUUGUUGCUUCUUCUGUGAUAAUAUUUUUUUAGGGCAUUCUUGUAUGAUAAUAAAUAUUGAUAUGUUUUAUUAGGAUGGAUUCACACAGAAGUGGCCAGCUAAGCAAUAGAACAGAAAAGGUAGUGAGCUACAUUUGUCAUAUCGAAUCUGGUCAGUUGAUUGACAAAUCGGAUUGAUUAUACGAAACUAAAGCCAAAAAUGCCAUUUUCCCGAGCUAUCAAAGGAGUAGAAUAAGGAGGGAAGCAAGGAAGGCCGGUGCAGGAAACUAGGAAUCUGAGGAAGGAGGAUGAUCGGAGGACGAACAAGGAAGCAAGGAAUAGAACGGUUUACCGUGUUGCUCUGGCCAUGCACGACCUCCGUCUCACGUAUUCUGCUCUGCUCUCUCUCUCUCUCUCUCUCUCUCUCUCUACUCCUCCAUGCUAUUAAACCCUGACCCAAGCAUCGGUUUCCAUGUGUGUCUUGUUUCUCCUCGAGAUUUACCUGUUCGUUGUUGGAUUGGAUUGGAGGGGAAACAUGGCCAGCACCCCAAGAGGUUCUCUGCUCUUCGCUCUGGCUCUCCUAUGCUUCUUGUCAGGUGGGCCGCGUCGUGCGGAGCCAGCCCGAGUUUUCACCAUCAUCAACCAGUGCAAGACGACCAUCUGGCCGGCGGCGUCACCCGGCGAUAGCUUCGGCGGCGGCGGUUUCGCGCUCCGGCCUGGGCAGUCGAUGGUGUUCACGACGCCGGUGGGGGGGUGGUCGGGCCGCAUCUGGGGGCGGACGGGCUGCAACUUCGACGCCAGCGGGAACGGGUCGUGCGAGACGGGCUCGUGCGGGACGAAGCUCAAGUGCGGGGCGUCGGGCGAGCCGCCGGCGAGCCUCGCUGAGUUCACGCUGGCAGCGAGGGACUUCUACGACGUGAGCCUGGUGGACGGGUUCAACCUGCCGAUGGUGGUGAAGCCGGUGAACGGGGAGGGCAACUGCAGCGCGGCGGGGUGCGACGGCGACCUGCGGGAGAACUGCCCGUCGGAGCUGGCGGUGAAGGUGAACGGGCGGACGGUGGCGUGCCGGAGCGCGUGCGACGUCUUCGACACGGACCAGUACUGCUGCCGCGGGCAGUUUGGGAACCCGUCGACGUGCCACCCCACCUUCUACUCCAAGAAGUUCAAGGCCGUCUGCCCCACCGCAUACAGCUACGCCUACGACGACCCGACAAGCAUCUUCACCUGCUCAAACGCGGACUACAUCAUCACCUUCUGCUCCAACAGGAAUCAGUCGAUGUGCUCAUACCACAAAAAUCGGCUUAUUUGCAGCGGCUCCAGCAGAUCUUGGCCAAUCAUGUCGAUCCUCAUGCUUGUGCUGCUCUUCAGCCUUUCGUCUCUGCAGUUUUCAGUCCUUUGAUCGGCGUCACUGAUACCGUACCCAGGGGCGGAGACAAGGGAGGGGGG